AUGAAUCUUUGGGUCCACUUAGUUUUCACUGUAGCAGCCUGGGAAGGUGUCCUGUCCCAGAUCCAGCUGGUGGAGUCCGGAGGGGAUGUGAAAAAGCCCGGAGACUCUCUCCGCCUCUCCUGCAAAGCCUCCGGCUUCACCUUCAGCAGCUACUGGAUGAGCUGGGUCCGUCAGGCUCCCGGAAAGGGGCUGGAGUAUGUCUCUGAGAUUAGCACAGAUGGUAGCACCACACGCUAUGCAAACUCCAUUAAAGGGCGAUUCACCAUCUCCAGGGAUAAUUCCAAGAGUGAGCUGUAUCUGCAAAUGACUGGCCUGAAACCCGAGGACACCGCCCGGUAUUACUGUGCAAGUGAUAUUAUUUUACACAGUGACAAGAAACCUACUUGUGGUGUCCGGUCCCAGGUGCAGCUGGUGAAGUCUGGAGGGAAUGUGAAAAACCCUGGAGACUCUCUCUACCUCUCCUGCAAAGCCUCCGGGUUCACCUUCAGCAGCCACCAUAUGCAUUGGGUCCAUCAGGCUCCUGGGAAGGGGCUGGAGUCGGUGGCUCAGAUUAAUACGGAUGGAUCGAGCCAGUGGUAUUCGCCGGCUGUUCAAGGGCGAUUCACCAUUUCCAGGGAUAAUCCCAACAACCUGCUGGACAAUCCCAACAACCUGCUCUAUCUGCAACUGACCGGCCUGAAGCCCGAGGACACGGCCCGGUAG